GUUUUACUUAGUGCGGCACGGGCAUUCGCGCUUGAGGGACGUUUUUACGCCGUCCUUAUUGAUCGCCCCCUCAUGUUUUUUUAUCACAACAAAAAAAAAACCUGAACAGUAAAUUGUGUUCACAGUUCUCGUAUCGUCGCGAUUUCGUGUUUAAUUUGUGUUAUGUAUUUUGGCGGGCAAAACGAGAUUGUAUAAAGACAUGGACAGAUGAAGAAAUCACGACUGAAUACGAACGAACGAAAUUACAAAGCCCCUUAUGUGUUCAACGUUAGUGAUAUUUAACGGUCUAAUCGCAUAACGUAACGAAUCGUUGAAAAUAAUUCGUUAUUAGCAAAAUUCGGUAUGCGAACGCAGCUAGUCGCGUGAGCGGGACAGAGCUACGAUCCGAAAAUAGUGCGUUCGAAAAUAGAGAAAAAAUGUUGAGCUCCGGCUCAGUGAGUGAAAGAGAAGCGUCGACAGACGACGCAGGCGCAUGGUGGUCGACACCAUGGAAAACUAUGGCUGACCUAGCCGAAGCUGUCGACGACCUUAUAUGCAGUUUCGACUAUAUGGACACAGCCAUGGACAACCUUGUAAUGCUGAUAUUCAUAUGGAUACUAUUUUCCAUCGUCCUCUUGGGCAUAGCUAAAUGGGCGUACGGCCGUUACGGUAAAAGACCAGCUGACGCCGAGAAAACUGCCAAACCGACCGAGGAGAAGAAACUCUCUCCAGCGAACGAAAUAGUUUCAAGUGCCGAUAGUGUGUUAGCGACUAGUGCUAAAGUUAAAAGUGGUGCCUUUCUGUCUAAACCAGCGAAGCCCAGUGGAUUUGUUCCAGCUACACCGCCGAACAAGCGGCGCUUGGGCCGCAUGUCCCCAGGUCCAGAGCAGCUGACGUUAAAGAAACACACCAGCAUUGUGAUACCUACGUGCACUGGGCCAGACGCGCCGAGCGUUCAGUGGGUAAACGAUCUUUUGACGUGGUUAUAUAACGAUCUGGUUAUUGUGAACGAACUUGUGCAGCAAUGGAUUGUGUCCAUGAACGAGUUCUCCAAAAAGUCCGUCGAGGAGCAAGGCAUCGGCGUGGAGCUGGUACGAGCUUUGGACAGUCACCCGCCCAGCGUGAGCAACGUCUUCUGCGAGUGUGACUCGAGAGACGAUGUCACGAUAACAUGCGACUGUGAGGCAACGCCCGCCUUCCAAUUGAAGGCGUUCAGCCAAAGGGGGGAGAAAGUUGAAGUAUCCCACUACAGGGUCAACGUCAACAGAUUCCGUGCCCGCCUCAAUGUGGUCUGCAUCACGGAUAAACUGACGGGCGAUUUGAAGUGUGACGGCUGGCCUGAAGUUAAAGUGGCUUUGGCGCCAGUUGGCCCUUUGAGGCCAAACGCCACCGAGAGCAACCUACAGGCUGCUGUCAGUGACAUAGUGGUGAGCGCGCUCCGCAACACUCAUUUGGAGUUCAAUCUGUCACAAUAUCCGACCUGUCCUCGACUGAGGAGACACUUCGAGACUCCUGGACCGCGGUUACCACUCCAUUAUGACUCCAUGUUACAGAAUGACAGACAGAUGUACACGUCCACACCGAAUUCUACAUCUAGCGCGCACCUGCUAGGGGAGAAACGAUUGCUUGUCAAAGUGGUCUGCGCUAAAGAUUUGGGAGGCAAGUCUGGCUGCAUCGCCCCAUACUGCGUAGUGGAGAUGGACGAACCCCCGCAGAAGAAUCAGACUGCCUUCAAGAAGGACACCAAUAGCCCACAGUGGGAGGAGCACUUCCUAUUCGAUCUGUCGCCGCAAACAGCGGAGCUUCUGUUCGAGGUGUACGACCGGAGCGGGCCGCCGUCGCCGGCGCAGCACCGGUUUCUAGGCCUCGGCUUGGUCGGCAUAGACGAGCUACUGGCAGCGCCGUCGCAGCGGCAGCAGAUUGCGCUACAGACUCGCCCAAUGGAGGAACACGACGUUUCAGGGACACUUACAGUCGAGUUCCUGUUCAUCGAAGGCGCAGACAUACCAGAUCUGGGCUCCCGCCCGGUGAAGAUCAAGGAGAGUCUCCGCACGGUGUCCCCGCACGGGUUACUCACCACCACAACUAAGACUACAUUCAAACAAAAUGGUCACGACAACAGCCAGCUAACAGAAUCCGCGCUGAGAGAACUGGAAUUGAGUCCAGCUAGUGCAGCCAAUAAAUCAACCCUCAUCAUACAUUCGGUUCAAAGGGAGCCGAAAAAAUCUAUAAAGGUUGAACUAACCGAUUCGGGCAAAUUUAUCGAAGUGGAGCGCGAUGAAACGCAAAAGUCCGAGCCCGCGCCGACCACAGAUAACGUAGAGAAACCCAAAGACAAAUCGCAGACGCCAACGCCAAACACGUCGCCGGGCAAAACCGUGAGGAUAAAAGAAAAUGGCGCCAAACUCAAUGGAGAUGGAGAAGCGCAAGGCGACUACGUUGAGAAACAAGAAAACGCGGCUCCGGAGCCGGCGCCGCGGCAAAAAAAAAGGAGGGACUUCUUUGGCACCAUCAAAAGAAGACUAGGUCGGUCACGUACGCGAGGCCAAUCCCUUGAUCUACCAGACUCUGACGUAGACAAUCAGAGUCAUAUUAGGAGCAUCAGCGCGGAAAGAAAUAGUCACGACAAAGCCUUAUCCGUCCCAAAUAGAAACGUGUACUCCGCCGGCGCGUCGCCCGCGCAGUCCGGAGACGAAUCGAGGACGUCUAGAAGGUCCUCGCUCAGCGAAGUUUCAGGGUUCAGUACGGCGUCAGCCAGAACCUUCAUCCACGAAGCUUCGACCCUAGUCCUGGAGACGAUAGAAGCUGGGAUUAAGAAACACUAUCUGGUGCCUCUAACUGUGGCUCAGCGCUCAAGAUGGCGGCGGAAGGGCGUAAAACUGCAUAUUUACAACGAACACACGUUUAUUGCUAAACAUCUCAGCGGCGGCACAGUAUGCUCGGCGUGCAGCAAGCCGCUGGCGCGGCGGCCCGGCAAGCAGGGCUACGAGUGCCGCGACUGCGCGCUGCGCUGCCACAAGCGCUGCCACGUGCGCGUGGCCGGCGUCUGCGCCGCCUCCACCGUGCACAAUAUGGAGCUGUCCCAUUCCCAUAGCUUUGGAAAUGGAAGAUCCAUGCUCCCUGUGCUAAACGAAUAAGUCAGGAUAAGCGAGAAGACUGCAAGGAAAAUAUAUAAAAAUAAAUUUAAAAUGCGAAAAGAAAAAUACAGGUCAUACAUCUCAUCCCCGUACACCGACAGGAACAUAAGGAUGUUGUGAUUUUGCGAAACAGAAAAACGCUUAAACAUGCACAAAAAUACUUGCAAAUUUACCAUGAUAUAAAAUUUAAAUUAUAAAAAUGUUUAUAAUACAAAAUCUCUCUAAGUACAACAUUUAUGUACCCUAUAUACGUUAUAUAUGUUAUAGGCUUUUUUACAAAUAUGUAUAAUUAUUGUACGUUUAUUAGAUUUAAGAAUAAAAAGUAGUAAUUCUAAAACGGUGAAUAAUGAACACAUGAAAUAUUUCCGCUUGACUGUAAUUGGCAAAAUUAGUGUUAGUUUAGAUAUCGCUAGAAACCCACCACGCCAUUUUAUUAAAAAAAAUAUAAGUUUCAACAUGUAGCUUGUUACAUAAUGUUACAUUGUUAAGAUUGUGUUUUGCAGCAUAAUAAUUAAAUUUAAUAAAAAAAAACAAGAUGAAUCUCCACUUUCUCUCAAUAUUAAAAAAAAUAUAUAUUUAACUAAAAUUUGGGAAUUUUGAUUCCCUUUCAAUUAAUCAUGUUGCUAAAAUGCUCGUCAAAAAAAUAAAAUUACAUUUAAAAAUAGAAAUAAGUUAAAAACGAGAGAAAAAGCAUGCGUUUUUACGGCUGUCUCACGACCAAGCUACUUGUUAUGAUUUUUUUGAAAUUAUCACAAUAUGCGAAAUAAAAUGGAGGAGUUUUUUUUAAAUAAAUAUCUCUACCUCAUUUCAUCAAAGUUACGACAAUAUACGACGUUUUGUAAAAAAGAUACAGUUACCAGAAACUUUACCGUUUUUGUUUCUAAUUACGUUAAAGAUAUUAUUUAAAAAUAAUGUUAUUAUUUGAUAUACCUAUUUAUUUUAGUUUUAAGUUCAUUUGCACAAGUGAUUUUUAUAUUUAUGUGCAAUACUUUGACUAAAUACUUAAAAUAAUGCUUGGAGCUUCGAAAUUAAUUAUUAAGAUAAAACGACAAAACUUAAAUCUCAAAGAAAUAUUUCAAUAUGUCACCUGAUAGUUUUUCGAUCCAAUUUAGACUUUCAUAUACUGAUGAAGUAAUAUAAAUACGUUGGCUUGUUGAUUUGUUAAAAAUUAAUUAAUAAAAAUACUAAUUCCAUAUAUAAUUUUGCAAGUUAACGUAAUGUAUAAAAUUAAAUCAUUAUGAAGUCAAAUCAUUUAUUCAGAAAUUAGACCUUCAGGCACGUUAUAUUCUAAAUUAUAUAAUAUUUACCUAAGGUACAAACUACUAGCAUUUCGGAACGACCAUUGCUGAGAAGAAAUGCCUGAACGCAUAAUAUUAUAAAUGAACAAGAAUUAAUACUUUAUGGCCCCAACGUAUUUAAUACUUUGUUUCAGUAUAUUUGUAUGUAAGCGAGUGAUUUUAAUGCUAAUGAGUGAUUGACAUGAUUAAAAUAUGACAUAUGUCUGCUACAAAUAUUUUGUAAGAAAAAUAUACUUUUUACAAUCUUUUUUUUUUACCAGUUCUUAAUAAAAUAUGACGUGACAUUCUCGUGUACUUAUGUUGAAAACUAUAUUUACUUAUUUUAUUUUUAAAAUAUAUUAAUUAUAAAAAGUAACUUACCUUUUUUUCAUGACGCUUCGAUGGACUGCACUAUUCACAAAGAAACAAAAAAAAAAUUACUCAAAUCAAAUUAUAUUCCUUUAAUUUUAAACGAAAUGUUUGUAGCAUAUCUAUUUAUAUAAGAAACUUUCACAGAAUUGAAAUAAUAAUAAUAUUUAAAAAAAAACGUAUUUGUACUUUUUACUAAGAUUGUUAACGCAUAAUUAUUGUGGUUCCGUAAAUUAUUUAUAAAUGUUGCGCAAUGUGUUUUUUUGUCUGUAAUUUUAUUUUCCUCUUUUAUUUUAAA